AUGGGGGAAGUGGGUGAAGCUCAAUAUUUCAAAUCAGAAAUAGCUCUUCUGAGUUUCUCAGAUGCCACUUUCAAACCCCCACUUUCUCCUCUGUUGAUCCGCAUUGAUCCACUCACACCCAGUGGUUCUUCCCCAUCGGAAUCUGAUCCAUCGCCCAUUUCCCAGCACCCUCAACAGGAUCAGCAACGCAAAGACGCGUGGCUUCCGAUCACUGAAUCCAGAAAUGGGAAUGCCUAUUAUGCAGCCUUCCAUGUUCUUAAUACCAACAUCGGAUUCCAGGCUCUCCUGCUUCCCGUCGCUUUCGCCACUCUUGGUUGGGCAUGGGGCACGGUAUGUUUGACAGUAGCAUUCCUUUGGCAGCUCUAUGCCAUAUUUCUUCUUGUUCAACUUCACGAAUCCGUCCCUGGGGUUCGUCACAGCAGAUACCUCUUCCUUGCCAUGGCUGCUUUCGGUAAAAGGUUAGGGAAGGUGGCAGCAUUAUUCCCGGUAAUGUACCUUUCAGGAGGCACAUGCGUCAUGCUUAUCAUCACCGGAGGUGGGACCCUAAAACUAUUAUUCAACACACUUUGUGACAAUCAUAAUGGAAACACAUGCGCCGCUCACGCACUGACCGGGGCUGAGUGGUUCUUGGUGUUCACCUGUGUCGCGAUUCUCGUUGCACAGUUGCCAAACCUCAACUCCAUGGGCAUGGUAUCUCUCGUCGGAGCCGUUGCCUCCAUCACUUACUGUACCCUCUUUUGGCUCCUCUCCGUCAAGAAGGGUAGGCCCGACAACGCAUCCUAUGCCUCAACCCUGUCCCAAGAAUCCACCGCGGUGGCUAAGAUCAGUGACGUUCUGAAUGCAAUCGGAAUCAUCGUGCUAACCUUCAGAGGUCAUAAUCUUUUACUCGAGAUACAGGGGACGCUGCCUUCAAAUUUCGAACAAACAUCCAGAGAAGCAAUGCGCAGGGGAGUGAGCAUGUCAUAUACACUCAUUUCCUUGUGCGUGUUUCCUCUUGCCAUUGCCGGAUUCUGGGCCUAUGGAAACCAGAUAAACGGUGGUGGAUUGUUAUAUUCGUUCCCGCAAUUCCACAAGAAGCAAAUAACGAAAUUCUCCAUGGGAGCAUUAUACGUUCUGGUAAUAAUACAUUGUUUGAGCAGCUACCAAAUCUAUGCCAUGCCGGUUUUUGACAACCUUGAGAUAAGAUACACGAGCAUAAAGAACGAGAGAUGUUCGCGACUGGAAAGAACAUGCAUACGAUUAUUCUUUGGGGGGUUGACGUUUUUUAUAGCAGUCACAUUCCCGUUCCUGCCAAGUCUAUCAGCACUGAUUGGAAGCAUGACCCUGGUGCCAGUCACAUAUGCAUACCCCUGUCUCAUGUUUCUAUCCCUCAAGAAACCUCGACCAAGAGGUUUGGUUUGGUGCUUCAACGUUGCACUCGGGUGCUUAGGGUUGCUUCUCAGUGCUCUCUUGGUUGCUGCAGCUGCAUGGACUCUAGCUCACAAAGGCUUAAAUGCUAACUUCUUCAAACCAUAA